UAUAUAAAUAUAUUCAAUGUGUAAAAUGUAUAAUUACCAUUUAUGGUUAUUAUUUUCGGCCGGUUUAAUAUUUUUUUUUAUUUUUCCAAGGUCAACUAGACCUUAUCAAACACGCGAAUCUUUACUGUAUUUAUGCUGAUUCCCCGAAAUUGUUAAUAAGCCUUCUGGCCUCAAUUUAUAACAACACAUUCCUCUAAUUUUAUUUAUUUUUUUUUUUCAUAUGAAUUUUUAAUUAUUGUUUAUAGAAUGUCAGAAUUUUUAAAAGUCGCAGUACGAUGUCGGCCAAUGUCACAGAAAGAAACAUCAGAGGGUAAUAAGAUUGCUGUAACAGUAAAUCCAGUAUCAAAAACUUGCACUUUAGAAAGUUCAACAGAUGGAGGAAAAGUAUUUCAAUUUGAUGCUGCAUUUGGACCAGAUUGUACAACUGAACAAGUGUAUGAAAAUGUUGGUUCAGUGAUAGUUGAAGCAGUAUUAAAUGGUUAUAAUGGAACAGUAUUUGCAUAUGGACAAACUGGUUGUGGAAAAUCACAUACUAUGAGUGGUUUUGUAGAACGUACACUAGAGCAUAUAUUUGAAGCAACAUCAACAGCAAGUUCAAAUACCCGUUAUUUGGCUCUUUUAAGUUAUCUAGAAAUUUAUAAUGAAAAAUUACGAGAUUUAUUGCGUGAUGAUCAUAUAGACGGACAACUUCAAUUGAAAGAAGAUCCCGUACGUGGAACUUAUGUUGGUGGGGGACUUCGUGAAGUAACUGUUAAGGAUGCAGCUGAAUGUUCUCAAUUAGUUGUACAAGGAAGUCGUAGACGUGCAUUAGCCGCAACAAAAAUGAAUGCAACAAGUUCACGUAGUCAUGCUGUAUUAACAAUUUCAAUUGAAGCACUUGCUAUGGAUGAAAAUACAAAAGGUGGUAGUGCUGUUCGUCGUGGUAGAUUACAUCUUGUUGAUUUAGCUGGUUCAGAAAGACAAGGACGUACUGGUGCAACUGGUGAUCGAUUGAAAGAAGCUGCUAGUAUUAAUUUAAGUUUAUCAGCUCUUGGAAAUGUAAUAAGUGCAUUAGCAGCUGGAAAUGGUAGACAUGUACCUUAUCGAGAUAGUAAAUUAACAAGGCUAUUAAAAGAUAGUCUUGGUGGUAAUGCUAGAACACUGAUGAUUGCAUGUGUUAGUCCUUCACAGAGUGAUGCUGAAGAAACAUUGAGUACACUUAGAUACGCUACUCGUGCACGUUGUAUUAAAAAUAAACCAAUUAUUAAUGAAGAUCCAAAAGAUGCUCUGCUGAGACAAUAUCAAUUGGAACUUCAACGAUUAAAAAAAUUAUUGGAAAAUUCAACAAAGACUGAAAGUAUUGAUGAAGAUAGUAUUGAACAAAUUUCUCUAGAUAAUCAUAAUGAACUUGAACACUCUAGUACAAUUGUAGAUCAAAAAUUUAAAAAUGAAUCACAAGUAGUUAGUGAACGAAUUAAUAGUGAAGAAGUUAUUGAAAUUCCUGGUGGUCAAAUAUGGACUGCUCCAACUCGUCAUAUUGAUGAUAAAAGACGUAAAAAACAAGAAAUUGCUAAAAAAGAAGUAAUGCAAAGACUAGAACGUUUGACUAUUGGUGGAGAGGCACAUGGAGAUACAGAAUUAAAAAAAAGAAGAGAAAGACGUAGAAGAAGAUUAGAAAUAAUUGCUGCAGCAUUAGAAACAAGUGCAAGAGAUGGAGAUGGUAGUGCAUUUGAAGUUUAUGGUCAACUUAAAACAACAGAAGAUGCAUUAAAAAGAAUGGCAAAAAAAACAAAACAACUAGAAGCUGAAUCUUUAGAUCUUCAAGCAUCUUGGGAUGCUGAUCGUCGUGAACUUUUACGUCGUGAACUUCUUUCAACGCAAAUUUGUGAUGCAAUGUUACCACAUUUACGUCCUGGUUGUCCAUUACGUGAUAUUGCAGCAGUACGAGCAGCUGCAACUUGGUGUGAUGAACUAGGUAGAUGGAAAUUACCAGACUUCUCAUCAAGAAUACCACUGCCACCACCUCCAUCAAUUAAUAAAGAUACUAGCAAAUUUAAAACAGAGCUAAAUAAUAACAACGACGAUAAAAAUAGUGACGAUGAUUCUGAAUCAUUUAAAGAAACAAAUAAAAAUCAAUGGAAAGAUAUUGCUGGAUCAUAUUUUAAACGUAAUCGAAUUGAUGAAUUACUUGCAAGAGCCAGAGAAGCUAAAACAUUUGAGACAGAUAGUAGAAUUGGAAAAUCUGGUGAAUUGGAUGAUUUGAUCAACAGCUAUAAUCAGGUUAAUCAUCAACUAAGUUCAAAAUCACUUCCAUCAACAUCAAGCCAAAUGUCAACGAAAACAAAUGGACGACCAAUUGGCUCUUUUAAUGGUUGGCUUGUUGAAGAAAGUCCAUCAGUAUGUCGAAUUCAAUCAUCCAGUUCACCACCUAUGAAAAAAGUACCACCACGUGUACUUGAAGCACUACAUCUUGAUAUGUCACCUUCUUCUUGACGUAAUAAUCAAGCAUUACAAUGCUCAUAAGAAAAAUUACUAUGGAAUUUUAUUUUUUUCCAGACAAAUAUCUCUUCCAAUACAUGUAUAAUUAAUUAAAAAAUUUAUAAAGUUUGUAUAUUUUAAUUUUAUACAAAUAUAUAUAAAUCCGUCUUCGAUAUACUUUUAUAAUUUAUAUAUACGAUCAACUUAGAAUAUAUAUUAUAUAUUUCAUGUUAAAUAUUUUUAAAAAAUAAGUAGAUAAAAAAAAAAAUUAAAAUAUAUAUUUGGAGUAAAAUAGGUUGAGUUGUUGGGAACAAAAAUUAAUUUUUUUUUUUCAUAUAGAUUAUUUUACAAUCAUUUAUUUAUUAAAAUUAAAAAAAAAUCAUUGUUUUUUUUUUUAGCUAGCUAAGUUUUAUAUGCAUUGAUUAAAAUUAAAAAUUGAACAAUUGAGAAAAAAAUUGGCUGUAGAUCAUGCAUAUGCUGUGUGAUAUAUAUUAAUAUAUAAAAAUAAUUAUGUACUUUUAUGCGAAUUUAAAAAUUAAAAGUGUGAUAUCACUUAAAGUGUGGAAAUAUAUUUAUAUCAAUAAUAACACUAGCACUGUAUUACCCCAG